AAAACAACGACAAUACUGUAUAUAAUAAGUAUUUAUAAAAUGAGAUUUCAUGUAUAACCAAAUAAGGGGACAAACCUAUAAACUAUUAGGUGUGUUAGGCAUACCAUCGGCAGCGGCUGCGGUAGUCAUACAAUUGGCAUACAAUCGACGCCAACAACAACAACAACAAUCCUCACAUCCUCAUCAGUGGUGGUGGUUAAGACAUGCCAGAGCCCGGGCAGUCAUUGGCGAUGGUAUUGAUAUCCGAUAUGUUUACGAUGUUUGCCAUAAAUCGAUAGUCAUGUGCACACAAAUCAUCGCAGAUAUAGCGGAUGAAGAACGCUAUGGUAAUUAUGGUACAGGUUUUCGUUUGACCAGAUCCGGUGAUGAUGAUCUGCUAAUGAUAACCAAUGCUCAUACAGUCCAGGGAUGUCCUAUAGUGCUGAUCGAUGUCUACUAUCAGAACCAAUGGCUAGAAUUGUACGGCCGAUCAGUCUAUGUUGAACAGCAUCUGGAUCUGGCACUCGUCCAACUGGUGGUGGCGGCCAACACUCGCGAUGAUGAUUAUGGCGUCUAUAAACCCCAGUCGUUUGCAUUGGCCAACGAUCGGGUACUGGCAUCGGAUAAACUGGGCGACGAAAUUGUUGCCUACGGUCACGGCGAUAUAGAUCAUACAGUACAUCCGGGUAUCGUAUUAGCCACUGGUAUGCCGAUGAAUACCGUAUCCUUAUCGGUAGGCGACUAUCAUGUAUUGUUGGUAACUGUCGCUACUGAUCAACAAGUAGUUGUCCAUUCAGGACAUUUGUUUUCCGGCUUUUCCGGCGGUCCCCUAAUCGAUAACCAGUUGAACAUUGUUGGUGUCAAUUGUUUCCGUGGCCUAUAUAAUCGGCAAUUUAGUAUACCGUUUCGCUAUUGUAAUGCUAAUACACCCACCCAUACACCCCUCCCCCAUAUAUCAAUAAUUUUUUGUUUUGUUUAUGUUAUUGUCGUACAUAUAAUACAUAUGUAUUAUGAAUACAGUUAGCGA